AGCUCAUUGAGAAAAGACACACACCGGGAGACGGACAGCCAAAUUCACCUUCAGAACAAACCCACAACUUCCACUGAGGGAGGAACCACUGGAGGAAUACUGGGAACACUGGGAAUACUGGAAUACUGCCAAUUUAACCUGCUGCUGACUCUGAACAAUGAAUGUGAGUUUUAUAAGAGCCACGAUUCAAAGUGAAAGUAACACAACUGACUGAUUGACAUCCAGUCUGACCGGUUUGUCUGGUGAGUUUUUAUCUUCCCUCAGAGACCAAAUGGCUUCCAGCUCAGAGGAGGAUCUCUGCUGUUCUGUCUGCUGUGAGGUCUUCAAAGAUCCUGUCCUCCUGUCAUGCAGCCACAGCUUCUGUAGAGCCUGUCUGCAGAGCUGGUGGACAGAGAAACCAAUAAAAGACUGUCCAGUUUGUAAGAGAAGAUCUUCAAGGAGUGAUCCACCUCGUAACCUGGUGUUGAAGAACCUGUGUGAGGCCUUCUUACUGCAGAGAGACCAGAGAGCUUCAGCAGGGUCAGAGCUCCUCUGCAGUCUGCACUCUGAGAAACUCAAGCUCUUCUGUCUGGACCAUCAGCAGCCAGUGUGUCUCGUCUGUCGAGACUCAGAAACUCACACCGACCACAGAUUCAGACCCGUCAAUGAAGUUGCUAAAAGACACAAAGGAGAACUUCAGGAAUCACUGAAGCCCUUCCAGGAGAAACUGGAGCUCUUUAAUGAAGUUAAAGCAAAUUGUGAUGAAACAGCAGAGCACAUUAAGGUCCAGGCCCGACACACAGAGACGCAGAUUAAGGAGGAGUUUAAGAAGCUUCACCAGUUUCUCCAAGAGGAAGAGGAGGCCAGGAUCGCCGCUCUGAGGGAGGAAGAGGAGCAGAAGAGUUGGACGAUGAAGGAGAAGACGGAGGCUCUGAGCAGAGAGAUAGCAGCCCUUUCAGACACAAUCAGAGCCACAGAGAAGGAGCUGAGAGCUGAAGACGUCUCAUUCCUGCUCAACUACAAGGCUACAGUGGAGAGAGUCCAGCGCCCCCUGCUGGAGGAUCCACAGCUGCUCUCAGGAGCUCUGAUAGACGAGGCCAAACACCUGGGCAACCUGAGCUUCACCGUCUGGGACAAGAUGAAGGAGGUGGUCUCCUACACUCCUGUGGUUCUGGACCCCAACACCGCUGGUCCAACACUCGUCCUGUCUGAAGAUCUGACCAGCGUGAGACGAGGACAGAGACAGAAACUUCCUAACAACCCAGAGAGGUUUGACCUCCAUCAUGCGGUUCUGGGAUCCGAGGUCUUCAUCUCAGGGACUCACAGCUGGGACGUGGAGGUUGGAGACAGUCCAGGCUGGAGUCUCGGUGUGAUAGAAGAGUCUGUCCAGAGGAAGGAUGUGAUAUGGUCUGGAUUAUGGAGAAUAUGGUUCUAUAAAGGUCAAUAUGCAGCACUCGCCCCACCAGAUGAAAUCACUGCUCUGCCUCAGAAGAAGUUCCAGAGGGUCAGAGUCCAUCUGGACUGGAACAGAGGACAGCUGACCUUCUCUGAUCCUGAUACUAACACACACAUACACACCUUCACACACACUUUCACUCACAGGCUGUUCCCAUUCAUUGAAACUUGGGAAGAAGCUCCUGUGAAGGUUUUACCUGUGUUCACCAGGUUUCUGUAACAGUGGAGCAUCACAGUUACA